AUGGAACGAGCUGAGUCAAAGACAAUAGCUAUUGGACUAGCUGCUGGUACUGCUCCGAGUGAGCAGGAGAAGCAUUUAAACAUGUUCAGAGCCGAGGCUGCUAAAAAUAAUGAGGCAGCAGACAGAGAGCAAAAGAAGAAGCAAGAAGCAGCUGAGAAGGCCGGGAAGGAGAAAAAGAUUUGUGAGGAAUUCAAUUUGGGUAUGACUCACUUCCCAAAAGACAAAAAGGAUUCGAAAUGCACUCAUAGACAAUAA